CAAUUCAGAUCUAAAAUUUGCUUGUAUUCUUCUCUUCAAAACCUUUUUAAUUCAGUUAAAAAACUAACAAUAUGAUCACUCCCAAGAAACUUUUUAAAUUGGCAAAGAAAUGGCAGAAACUCGCUGCUAUCAGCCGAAAACGCAUUACCUCACCUCAAACCAGGGAAACCACAGAUUCCACUGGCAGCUCAUCAUCAAAAAUUGAAAAGGGUCAUUUCGUAGUCUACUCUGCCGAUCAGAAACGUUUCUUGUUGCUUUUGGAGUAUCUUAACAAUGAACUAAUUCAAGAGCUAUUCGACAUGGCAGAAGAAGAGUUUGGAUUGCCUAGCAACGGACAUCUUACGUUACCAUGUGAGGCAGAGCUUGUGGAAUAUGCAAUUUGUUUGAUAAAACAGAAGGCUGCAAGAGAUGUACAACAAGCCGUGUUGACUUUCAUAGCUAGCAGUUGUUCAUCAUCAUCAUUACAUCAAUCAGCAAUCCACCAAUUACUAAUUUGUAGCUUUUGA